AUGCCUUGCAUGGAGACAUGGAGGGCGAGCUGGUCCUACCCCACCACUCUGCUGUGUGCCUACGGCUUCCUCAUCACCGUCAAACCUCUGGAGCCCUUCUACAUCCCUUACAUGACAGGACCCGACAAGAACUUCACCUUAGAACAGUUGACCAACGUCAUCACUCCAGUGUCCACAUACUCAUACCUGUCUGUCCUCAUCCCCAUAUUCCUGCUCACCGAUUGGCUGCGCUACAAGCCCACUGUGGUGCUGCAGUGCUCCGCCCUGCUGACGACCACCGCCAUGCUGUUGUGGCUGGGGACGGUGCCCGAGAUGAUGGCCGUGCAGUUCUUCUACGGCAUGUCCCAGGCCGGCGAGGUGGCCUACUUCUCCUACAUCUACAGUGUGGUGGAGCUGCGGCAUUACCGCAAGGCCACGUCCUACUGCCGCGCGGCCCAGCUCACUGGCUACACGGUGGGCUCGGUACUAGGCCAGCUCCUGGUCUCGUUCGGCCUGCUGUCCAACUACUACAUACUUGUGUUUACCCUGGUGCUGAUUGGCAUCGCUUGGGUGAUUGCCUGGCUGCUGCCUAUGCCCCAGAGGAGCAUGUUCUUCCACAGGAGAGGGAGCGAUGAUAAAUGGCAGUUGGCAAAUGACCACCAGACUGACCUUGAGGUCACCAAAACCGUGGAGGUUGAUGAAAUCAACGCAAAGAACACGUCCCAGAUAAAAGACCCUGUGGCUGCAGACCCAAAGCCAGACACCAGGGGGUGCAGCUCUCCAGACAGCUCCAUGAGCAGUGUGGAUCGUGGUGGACGCCAGUCUGGGACCAGCGAGACCAGGGCCAGUGUCAGCUGUGCUGGGGUGAUGGUCCAGCUGUGGAGAGACUUCCUCCUCUGCUACGCCACCCCUGGUCUCCUCCGCUGGUCGCUGUGGUGGGCUCUGGCCACCUGUGGCUACAACCUGGUCCUCAACUACGUGCAAAUGCUGUGGGAACACAUUGAACCGUCCAGCAGCUUUGCUGCCUACAAUGGAGGAGUGGAGGCUGUCUCCAGUCUGUUUGGUGCUGCUACUGCGUAUGGCAUCGGCUUCACCAAGGUAAACUGGCACCAUUGGGGUGAGCUGGCCCUCAGCUCCUUCUCUGCCAUGGGAGGAGGUGCCCUCUACCUCAUGGUGUUCUCCGGAAACAUCUGGGCCUGCUACUGCGGCUACGUGCUCUUCAAGUGCCUCUACAUGCUGCUCAUCACCAUAGCCAUGUUCCAAAUAGCUACAGAUUUGUCAAUGGAGCGCUAUGCCCUGAUCUUUGGGGUGAACACCUUUGGUGCUCUGGUCCUCCAAACAAUCAUCACCUUGGUGGUCAUAGACAGCAGAGGCCUGGGCUUGGACGUUGUCACCCAAUUCAUCAUCUAUGGGAGCUACUACUGUUUCAUUGCUCUAGUGUUCCUAGUGUGGGGAGUCUACAUCAAUGUGCAGCGCAGGAGACACACAGAGACUCCAAAACAAGAUGCCGUAGUGAUGCAUCAAGAACACUUCUGAUCCAGACCUUGGGUUACAGACACCUAGAGGUAAACUCUUCUAGUUAAGAAAAUGCCACAUAUUAGUUCCAUCUGAUCAAAUACAGCUCCUCAGCCCGGUAGAGAAAUUACCUGUAACUCACAAGCCGAAGGCACAACAGUAUGUCAAAGGAUAUCUGCCUUUUCAAGCUGGCUUGUCUACCCCUGCACACUUUGUUUGGUCUUGAUAAAAUGCAGUUGCUUAUUAUACUGUAUUGAUUGAUGGGGGAUAUGGACAUUUUGAUGCAUGUCUGUACAUAUUAAUUCAUGGGUUCUGCAUUAGCGUUUUGUGUUUUUUUUCCCUUCAUUUUCCUCUAUUUUUGAA